CUGGUCCUCGAGAAAGAGAGAGAGAGCUGUGGGGGAGGGUGAGGGAACCGAGGUGGAGGAGGAAGCCCGGAGCCUGCGUGAAAAGAAAGGACCUCAAAAGGCAGGCUCUGCGUAGCAGCUGCAGCUUUUUUCCCGGGAAAGGAGAGCCAGAGCACGCCCGUGCGGUCGCGCUCGCGGCAUGGGCUCUCCCUCCUCCUCGUGAGCAGCGGCGCCGAACAGUUGCUGGGCUCCUUUUCUUGGCUCCUCCUCGGUUCUGGCAGCGGCGGACCAGUAGUCUUGCGGCUCGUGGCGAGCUCUCCUCUCCUCUCCUGGUCACCAGUGCGGCGCUGCGACGGUCGCCGGCGCGCCAUGAUGGACCAGGAGCACCUGGACUUCAUCAUGCGCCACCACCACCACCAGGGCGGCAUGGGGUUUGUUCCCGCCGACCGCGGCGACAGCGAGGAGGCGCUGGGGUCGUCGGAGUCGGAGCCGGCGGGGAGGCCGCGCGGCAAGAGGGCCCGCGCCGCCGAGGUGCACAACCUCUCCGAGAAGAGGCGGCGGUGCAAGAUCAACGAGAAGAUGAAGGCGCUGCAGAGCCUCGUGCCCAACUCCAGCAAGACGGACAAGGCCUCCAUGCUCGACGACGCCAUCGAGUACCUCAAGCACCUCCAGCUCCAAGUGCAGAUGCUGUCCAUGAGGAAUGGCAUGUAUCGUCCCUCAGUGAACUUACCAGGAGCAGCUGGCCAUCUGCCAACAUCGCAAAUGUGCGCCGCACUUAACCAGAACAGCGUCGACGCAUCAUCAAACCCACCAGCUGCCAUGCUGCCUAUGAAUCAUUUCUUAGGAGCAAUGUCAGGGGCUCGACCUUCAUUUGAUCAUCCCAAUCAAGACCGACCGCGUCACGAACCUCUUGUGUUGUCAAGUGUUCCGUGCACGACAACUCGAGAGCCUCCGUUCCUUCUCGGGCCAUCGCAGGAGUCCCCCCUUCGAUCCCUUCAGUUGACCUUACCGGCCGAGAUGAUCUUUCAAGAGGAGGCAAUGCUAAAGCAUUGGCUAUGUUCAACUCAAGAGACCGCCUCCGUGCCAGGCCAUGAAAUGAAGCCUGUUAGGCAGGAAACACCUGCAGCAAGGGCUGGUCAUUUCGAUACAUGUUCAAUCUGGAAAAAUCAACCACAAGACAUGGUGCCAAAUAAUACAGAAAGCAUUUUGUUUGUGCCUCACUUGCAGAGAUUUCAAAACAGUAAUGCUGACUCGGGUCUGAGGGCGGAAUCGAAGUAAUUUCGCGAUCAAAUUGACAGCUGAGCUGGAAUUGCUGGUGCUCCAGUUUGGCAGACAUGCACUAGGAUAGUGAAUGGUGAUCGCCAAGAUAGUAAUGGUCUUCAUCAGAUGAAACCUGUCUAAUACUAGCAGUAGCAGUUAUGUAUCAGCCAGACUGCAUUCUUGAUAUGAAAUCAAAGAAAUGCUGAUUAUGUGAAUAUGUAGCGUUAAGACCAUCUCCGAACCCGCAAUGAACUCAAACCAGCUACUAGUACAAAUGAUUGUGAGUGUC